AUGUCGACAGGUGACUGCAAGGAAACUUCUGGACCUGAGAUAAAAAAACCUAAAAUUAAACAUGACUGGUAUCAAACAGAGUCCCAGGUAGUCAUCACAAUACUUAUAAAAAAUGCACCAAGUGAUAAAGUUAUAGUGAACUAUGGGGACCGCAGUUUGUCAGUAUCCAUUGCAUUACCAAAUAAUGAGUCUGAAUACAGCUUAGAACUAGAACUAGCCCAUGAGAUAGUACCGUCAAUGAGUUCAUAUAUAGUCACUCCGUCAAAAGUUGAGGUGAAACUAAGGAAGAAGGAGGGGAUUAGAUGGACAUUAUUAGAGGGAGAGGGAAAGGAUGAGAAAGUCAAAGCUAUUCCUCAAGCUAUAAUUGAUGCAUCUGGACCGCAGCAACCACCAAAACUAUUUAAAAAAGACUGGGACAAAAUAGAAAAAGAUAUCAAAAAGAUGGAAGAAGAAGAGAAACCUGAAGGUGACGCUGCGCUGAACGCUCUCUUUCAAAAAAUCUACGGAGAAGGAUCGGACGAAGUUCGCAGAGCAAUGAACAAGAGCUUUGUGGAGUCAGGUGGCACAGUGCUAAGCACAAACUGGAAUCAAGUGGCCAAAGAAAAAGUGGAUGUCAAACCGCCAGAUGGCCUGGAGUUCAAAAAGUGGGAGAGCUAA